AUGGCGCAAUAUGGCUACGGACAGAACCCUCAAUACGGCGCAGGAAAUGCGCAAAACCUCCAAUUCUACCCAUCUUCAUUCUCCAAUCAGCCAGUAUCUGGACAUUCUACACCGUUCCAGGCAAACUAUGGCGCGCCGGCAAGUCAAGCAUACCCCGCACAGUAUGGCGCGGGGUUCGCUGCACCGGGUGUGAGUGGACAGAUGGGCAUGGGCAGUUCAGGGCUACGGACAGGAUGGCUGGCAGCUUUUGGUACUGAGGGAUAUGAUGGAGAACCGCCGCUACUGGAAGAAUUGGGAGUGAAUUUCAGACAUAUACAAAUGAAGACAUUGGCCGUUCUGAACCCAUUUGGUCGUAUCGACCAGCACAUCAUGGACGACAGCGACGUAGCAGGUCCCAUACUUUUCUUCUUGAUUUUCGGCACAUCAUUACUGUUGUCCGGCAAGCUUCAUUUUGGUUACAUCUAUGGCCUGGCAUUCGUCGGCACAAUCCUACUUCACCAGAUCCUCUCGCUCAUGUCUCCACCUGUCAACGCGGUUGAGGCAACCCCUGGAGACCACGGUCACCCGCAUGGCUCACACCUCGGCUCCUCGUUGACAUUCCCACGAUCGGCUUCGGUGCUUGGAUACUGUCUGCUUCCUCUCGUACUGGUAUCGAUGUUUGGAAUCAUUGUACCACUUGACGGGCUGUUUGGAUAUCUUCUGACAAGCUUGGCUAUCACAUGGUGUUCUUACAGCUCCAGUUCGAUGUUCACUGUUGUUGGGCGCAUGACUUCGAUGCGAGGCUUGGUAGCAUACCCCAUGGUUCUUUUCUAUGGUAGUUUUGGUAUCAUGGCCAUCUUCAGCUCUCGGGGGACUGGCCAGUUGGCGGCAAAGGCGGCGGGAUCAUAG